AUGUUCACAUUCUCGUUACUAACCCCAAGUGAGGGUGAUCAUGCCUUCAAGGCGUCACUUCUUACAUUUGACAAUGAACUGCGAGUACUUGCAGACCCUUCAUGGAAUGGAGUUGAUGCCAAAGCGGCACAAUUCAUGGAAUCACAUUUACAACAAACAGAUGCAAUUAUCAUUUCCCAUUCGACAGAUGAGUUUAUAAGUGGGUAUAUUCUACUUUGUAUAACAUUUCCAAAUAUCAUGUCCAAUAUGCCGGUUUAUUCAACAUUGCCAGUUAAUCAAUUGGGAAGAAUUUCGACAGUGGAAUAUUACAGAUCUCAAGGUAUUCUUGGGCCAUUGUUGUCGAAUCUUAUAGAGUUGGAUGAAAUUGAUAAUUGGUUUGACAAGUUUACCAUUGUAAAAUAUCAGCAAAAUGUGACAAUUUGCGAUCGAAAAAUAACCAUGACUCCGUACAAUUCUGGCCAUUCUCUAGGGGGGACGUUUUGGUUAUUCGUGAAGAGGAUUGAUCGUAUUGUUUAUGCACCUAGUUGGAAUCACUCGAAGGAUGCAUUUUUGAACGGUGCAAACUUUAUCAACUCCACCCUGGGUAAUCCACAUGUGUCGCUUCUUCGACCAACUGCUUUUAUUACGGCUACAGACUUGGGAUCAGCAAUGUCGCAUAAAAAACGUUGUGAAAAGUUUUUGCAGUUGGUGGAUGCUACUUUGGCCAAUGGAGGCUCGGCUAUAAUACCAACAUCAAUAUCUGGUAGGUUCUUGGAGGUUUUCCAUUUGGUUGAUGAGCAUUUAAAAGGAGCGCCAAUUCCAGUUUAUUUUAUAUCAUACUCUGGGACCAAAGUUUUAAGCUAUGCGUCAAGCUUGAUGGAUUGGAUGUCGCUGGAUUUUAACAAAACUUGGAACACUGAUGGUGGAAACAAUAGUCUACUACCUUUUAAUCCUAGUAAAGUUGAUUUGCUUUUGGACCCAUCGGAGUUAACGCAAACUCCAGGAGCCAAGAUUAUUUUCUGUGCUGGUUUAGAUUUGAAAAACGGUGACCUUUCAAGUAAAGUGUUUCUGUAUCUAUGUAAUGAUGAAAGAACAACUGUUAUCUUGACUGAGAAGCCAUCAUCCGCAAAUGUAGAAGCAGAAGGUUCAGGGUUAAGUGGUGACUUGUACCAAGAAUGGGUCAAAUUAUCUAGGGAAAGGACGGGUAAAGUUGUUGACGGUACGCCUGUUCCGUUAGAGAAAAUUAUCAAUUUGGAUAGUUGGUUGCAAGAAGAAGAGGUUGAAGGUCGCGAGUCCAUUACGUUUGUGAACAAAAUUACCCAAAAAAGGAAAGAAAAAUUGAUGGCAAAAGUACGGGACCAAAAGCGACAGAAUUUAUUGAGUACUGAUGUUUUGGAUGUUGAGGACUCGUCCGACGAUGACGAAGAUGAAGAAGAGGAGGCCGAUAAGAAAGUUGGGGAGAUGUUCGAUGCGAAGGUGAAAAAGGAGAGGACUCGCAUACCAUCAACCAAAGAAGUUGAUGAAUUGAUACAGCAUGAAGCAUUUGUCAUGGAUAACAUAAAGCACAAUAUGGAAAACCACUUGCCAAUUGAUAUCAAGAUAACACACAAAUUGAAACCACGUCAAGCCAUGUUUCCCUAUUUCCCACCAAAAGCAGCGUUUGACGAUUAUGGUCAAGUUAUAAAUGCAAAAGAUUUCGAAAGAACCGAUUUGGUGUCUCACAACAAGAUCAUUAUGGAAGGUAAAAAGAAAUUCGACGAAAAGAAACAGAAAUGGAAUAAGAAUGACAAGAAUGAAAAGAAGAAAAGUCAACAGGCGAAUAAGUUGACGCCACAAGAGCAAGUCAAUCAGCAGCUAUUGCAGAAAUACUUGGACACUUUGUAUAAGCCGUUGAAAAGGGUUCAGUCAGGACAGAGAACGUCGGCGAGUACACAAUUGAGAGUAAGAUGCGGUUUAGCUUUCGUGGACUUAUCGGGGUUGGUAGAUUUGCGAUCCUUGGGUAUCAUUGUGCAAGCAUUGAAACCAUACAAUUUGAUUCUUUUGCCUGAUGAAAGAGUAAGUGAUCAACGAGGACUUGAGCAAGUUGAGAGAUUUUUCGAACAACAACAAAAUGAACAAGCAAUAGAAAAUACGAAGAAGCAAAUGGUUAACUCGUCGAGAUAUUUGUCGUUGACGGCUAUUCGUGAUGGUCUAUCUACCUCCAUAUCGCCCUACUCUAGUGGAAAGCUAAAUGUGUUUGUUGCUAAAUAUGACAAGGCCAUCAAGAUUGGAGUUGACUCUGAAAACGGUGUUAUUGGAUUACGAAAUUUUGAAAUCAAUUUGGACGACGCAUUAGUAUCAACUUUGAAAUGGCAAUCAGUCGGUGAUAACUACAAAGUUGCAAAGAUGUAUGGUGAAUUGGAGUUGAUUAAUGAACAACCAUCAUCGGAGGAGCCAUUGCAAAAGAAGCAGAAAACAUUGCAAGAUUUUAUCAAUUCAAAUACUCAAUUUUCACUAAAGCCAAUUGAAUCUGAUGAAGCAUUAAUUAAACAAAGAAAUAACAACAUCCUUGACAAGACCAAUGAUCCGAAAUUGUUGAUGGUGAUUGCAAAUGCCCCUAAAUUAGCUAUUGGUAACAUUAGAUUACCCGACUUGAAAAAUAAAUUGACGUCGCUUAAUUUGAAUGUCGAGUUCAAGGGUGAAGGUACCUUGGUCGUUAAUAAUGCUUUGGCGAUACGCAAAGUUGCUUAUGGAUCAUUAGAAAGCGAUGAUAGCGGUGAUAUUGUUAUUGAUGGUAAUGCGGGACCCUUGUAUUACAAAGUAAAAGAGUGUAUAAGAGGUAUGUUGGCGUAUGUAUAA